CGGGUGUGCGACGGGGGGUGUGAAACACGCGGUUUGAGGGCUGAAAGACACGUGGCGGAAGGGGGUUUUCGCACGAGAACUACUAAAUGGCUUUUGCCACGUGUGCGGCCAUGGCCUCUGCUUCGUCUGCUCCCGCCAGCUGGCGCUUACAUCCUGCCAUGGCUACUUCGACGUUGAUGACUCCUCCUCCUCCCUCUUCGUCUUCGUCGGUGUCUCCGUCUUCGUGUUUGUUGACGUCAUCAUCGCCAUCGCCGCGGUCGGCAGUUCUUCUGGGGGAACGGCCGGCUCCUCCUUCCCCUGUUCUUCCUCCUCUUCGCCUGCCGAUUUCGUUGACGUCAUCUCGAUCACCCUCCUCCCCUCCGUGCUCGUCGUUGUCUUCGUCUUCCCGCCGCAGCAGCUCUUUGUUGCCCCGGUGCACUGUAUCUGGUCGCAGCCAUCACCAUGCUCUUGCAUCGAGGAGGUGGGUGGGGACGGUCUCUCCUUCUUCCAGCAGUCUUGGCUAUGGCCGCUCCAGUGAUGGGGAUAGGUUGAGAGCUGCCGCGCUGUCGUCGUGCUUCUUCGUCGGGUCGAGGGUCCUCCUGCCCGGACACGUGGCGGGGGCCCAGAGGGGGCAAAGGACACGUUGCGGCGGCGCGUUGGAGGUUCAGGCGAUGAAGGACAAAGUGGAACAGGCUCUGGCUACAGGGAUACGGGUUGGAAAACAGAGUUGGGAUGCGGCGGUUGCGAUGGUGCCAGAGUCGGUACCCCGACCAGUUGCCCGAAGCGGAGUUGGAGUGGUGGGAGUGCUGAUUGCGUGGACUAUCCUCAAGACCUUGAUAUCGACUGUCUUGUCAUUGGUUGUCGUCGCUGGCGUAGGGUUUGUGAUUUUCCGCUACCUCGUCGGGGGCGAUGGCUCGGGGGGACAAGGAGGGGGGGGGAUGGGCGGAGGCAGCGGCAGUAUGAACGACGAUGAAGCGCUAGCAGAGGCCAAGAGGAUCAUGGACAAGUACAAAUAAGGCACACCGACACCCUCACAUUCACUCUUUGCACCCUCGCAUACAUAUGCGCACACACUGACACGCAGACACGG